AAAAAAAGUAGUAUUCUUAGUUAGACUCAAAAACCCACACACACGACAUUCCCCUCCCCUCUGCUCUUCUCUCUCUCUUCCUCCUGGUUUGCGCCUCCACUUUGGCCGCCAUCAGCACCGCCCUCUCGUCACUUCCACGAGCAGCAUCCGGCAGCACCGGUCCAUUUCCCCCUCCCACGAGCAGCAGCCCUAGCGUUCUCCUACCCGCACACGCCAGCAGCACCACCACAAGGGCUGUGCCGCCUCUGUGCACACCCCAGCCGUGCAAACCACCACCAGAAGUCCCUUGCUUUCACUCCCCUUCUCUAUCUCUAUAAUUCAACUUCAGUUCUGUUCGAUAAUGUCGAUUUGCUUCAAUCUCGACUCUGUCAAAGUUUUCGGACUGAAUACUCGAAAGAUUUGGAGACCAUCUGGGUCUAGGAGGAAUUUGGAAAUAGUCUCCAUGUCCUUAGUUUCUACUGAUGCAACAAUUUCAGUUUCGGCUGGGAAUUACAUUCCGGCAGCUCCUAUACUAAUGCCGGAAGGACCUUGGCAGCAGAUUCCUGGAGGAGUCACAGCUGCAAAGGGAUUCAAUGCUGCCGGUGUUUAUGGUGGAUUGAGGGCCCAAGGCGAGAAACCAGACCUUGCUUUAGUAACUUGUGAUGUAGAUGCUGUUUCCGCUGGGGCUUUUACUAUGAAUGUGGUUGCUGCUGCACCAGUUGUGUAUUGCCAGAAAGUUUUAGAGACAUCCAAAACGGCACGUGCAGUAUUGAUAAAUGCUGGUCAAGCAAACGCAGCCACGGGUGACGAUGGCUAUAAGGAUGUUUUAGAUUGUACCAGCUCCUUGGCUGAGUUGCUCCACUUGAAGCAAGAAGAAAUACUUGUUGAAUCAACUGGUGUGAUUGGCCAUAGAAUUAAAAAGAAUGCUCUUCUUUCGGCAUUGCCGAAGUUGGUUGGUUCUCUAUCAUCUACAAUUGAAGGGGCAGCAUCUGCUGCGGUUGCAAUCACAACUACCGAUCUUGUGAGCAAAAGUGUUGCUGUGGAAACCAAGGUAGGAGAGACUCGUAUCCGAAUUGGGGGGAUGGCUAAAGGCUCAGGGAUGAUCCAUCCAAAUAUGGCAACAUUGCUUGGGGUCGUUACCACUGAUGCUGUAGUUGAUAGUGAUGUUUGGCGGAAGAUGGUGCAGGUUGCUGUUGGUCGAAGUUUUAACCAAAUUACGGUAGAUGGAGAUACUAGUACCAACGACACUGUCAUUGCUUUGGCUAGUGGGCUCUCUGGUGGAGCAAAAAUAACCAACAUGAAUGGUCUUGAAGCAUCACAACUUCAGUCAUGCCUUGAUGCGGUAAUGCAAGGUCUUGCAAAGGCAAUUGCGUGGGAUGGAGAAGGAGCAACUUGUCUAAUUGAGGUAUCUGUGAAGGGUACCAGUAAUGAAGCUGAAGCUGCAAAAAUUGCACGAUCUGUAGCAUCUUCUUCUCUUGUCAAGGCUGCUGUUUAUGGUCGAGAUCCAAACUGGGGCCGCAUUGCUUGUGCUGCUGGCUAUGCCAAUAUCCCUUUCAAUUUAAAUAAACUUCGAAUAUCACUGGGAGAUAUUGUACUCAUGGAUGGUGGACAACCACUUCCAUUUGACUGUGCGGCUGCCAGCAGUUAUCUUCGGGAAGCCGGCGAAAAACAUGGAACUGUUGAAAUAUACAUCUCAGUGGGCGAUGAACCGGCAGAGGGUAAAGCAUGGGGCUGUGAUCUGAGCUAUGAUUAUGUCAAGAUAAAUGCUGAAUACACGACUUAGAAACAUGGAUCAUCGCUUAUUUAUAUUGCAGAAUUCAGCAUAUCACGCGAGAAUCCUUUUCAAAAAAGUAAUAAGAUGUGCAAUGUAUUGAUUAGUUCCUGCAUGUAAUCUCUGUUUGGAUCAAGUUAGAAUAGCUUUUCAACAAGUUGUGGGUUUAAAAGAAGUUAGAACAGUCUUUUUGUAACCUCAAAAUGUUCUAUAAGGAUGAUGCAUCAAAUACUAUACUAUGUAAAGUAACCAUAAUUCUUCAAUUAGUAUAAUGUUUGAUGUUUGACCA